AAGCCCAGUCCAAUCUUUCUUUAAAGCCUCAACCCCCCUAGGGUUUGUUUCUUCAUUAACAGUACAGGCGGCAAAGUUCUUGCUUCUAGGGUUUAACACAGUGCCAAAAACCCUUCUUCUUAUUUCAUUCAGAGAGAAAAAUGUCGAUCGGAGAGCUUGCUUCCACAUACGCUUGUUUGAUUCUCUCCGACGAUGGCAUCCCUAUCACGGCUGAGAAGAUUGCCACCAUUUUGAAGGCUGCCAAUGUUGAAUGCGAAUCAUACUGGCCAAGUUUGUUUGCUAAACUCGCAGAGAAGAAAAACAUUGAAGAUCUUAUCGUCAAUGUUGGUGCUGGCGGUGGUGGUGGUGCACCUGCUGUUGCUGCUGCGCCUGCUGCUGGUGGUGCAGCUGCAGCUGCUCCUGCUGCAGAAGAAAAGAAGGAGGAGGAGCCCAAGGAAGACACAGAUGAUGAUAUGGGAUUUAGCUUGUUCGAUUAGAAGCUUUUCGUUUCGUGCUAGUUCAAACAACUAAUGGGUUCCAAGAUUUUGAUAUCUUUUAUCUUUUGCGCACUUUUAGAAGUUUAUGACUAAGAAGCAAUUUUGUCUGAUCUGUUUUCAUCAUCGUUUGGAAGUAUAUUAGCUUGACUUUAUUGAUGAUCACAUUGACCUAUCCAUAUUUGGCCUCUUUGCACUUUAACGCCCUAUAUUUCAUGUGGUUUAUGUUUUA